UGUGUUACGUAGAGGUAGGCACUCACACACACACACACACACACCGCAGCUUGUCGCCUUGAAUUCAGUCACUGCCCGCCACCGCAGCAGUGAAGUGGUGUUCCGUAAGGCGUCUGCACAUCGCGUUCCUCCCUCGUUGUUUGGUUACUGAGAGUCUACAGGAGAGACAGACAGGAUGUGGCUGGCGGUGGUGGUGGUGGUGGUGGCCAUCCUGUACCUGGCUUCCCGCAAACCCCGUGGCUAUCCCCCAGGUCCUCCGCGGCUGCCACUGGUCGGGUAUCUGCCGUAUUUGAACCCUCACCUACCUCACAAACAGCUGUGGGGCCUGUCCUCCACGUACGGGCCUGUGGUGGGGCUGUACUUCGGAACACAGCCCGUGGUGGUGGUGAACGGGUGGGAGGCGGUGAAGGAGGCGCUGCUUAAUGAUGAUCUCAAUGGACGGCCAGAGAAUGUUUUUUUCACGAUCCUUUAUAAACAGCAGAGAGGCGUGAUGUUCGUGGAAGGGGACUUGUGGAAGGAACAACGGAGAUUUGCGCUUCACCAGUUUCGAAACUUAGGGUUCGGAAAGAGGUCUCAUGAAGCAGUAGUGCACGAUGAGACCAGGGCGCUGCUGCAGGAGAUACGCAAGGCGGAGGGCAGCAUCACUCUCUGGGAGAUGCUCGGGGUGUCCAAUCUGAUCAUCCUGUGGGCGGUGAUGGGCGGCAAGAGGCUGGAAAGAAGUGACGAUAGGCUGUGGGACCUUGUUGUACGUCUCAAUAGUGUUUUCCGCGCUGGAGAUAUCAGCGGCGGUUUAGUUCAGUCCUUCCCGUUCAUCCGCCACUUUCUGCCCAAGGAUCACAGGUUCAACGUGGUCAACGAUGGCUUCAGACUUGUCAAUGACUACAUCAAGGAAGCGAUAGACGAACACAGGAAGGAACUGGACCCGAAUGAUCCCCGGGACUUUAUAGACCUCUACCUUAUCGAGAUGGACAAACAAAAGGACUCCCGUGACACAACCUUCGAGGAGGUGCAGCUGUUGGCUUCCUGCAGUGACAUCUUCGCGGCAGGGACAGAGACAGGAUCAGCCACCGUGUCCUUCGCUAUCCUACUCAUGACUCUAUAUCCUGAGGUGAUGGCCAAGGUGCAGAAAGAGCUGGAUGAGGUGGUGGGCCGGUCACGUCUACCCUCCAUAGAAGAUAGAAGCAAAUUGCCUUACACAGAAGCUACCCUUAACGAGGUGUUCCGGUUCCGCGGCGCUGCUCCCGUCACUGUUCCGCAUAAAGCAAUGAAGGAUGCGAUUCUGCAGGGUUCAAGGAUUCCAGCAGAGACAAUGGUGAUAGUGAACCUGUACAGUGUAAUGAUGGACCCUGAGUACUGGAGUGACCCUCAUACCUUCCGCCCUGAGCGUUUCCUUAACCCUGACGGCACGUUACGCAAGGAUGAGCGCCUUAUUCCGUUUGGCAAAGGUCGGCGGGCGUGUCUCGGGGAAUCCUUGGCCCGAAUGACAUCCUUUAUCCUAUUCACAUCCUUGGCACAACAUUUCAACUUUACCCUGGAUCCUUCCGUGCCUGUCCCUAAUACCGAAGGAAAGUCAGGAUUCACUCUUGGCCCUCCAGAAUUCAAGGUCUUCACUAAGGAAAGAUUAUAAGCGACGUGUCCUGAAGGUGAAGGUGGUUUUGUAGAAUUGGAUCCUCUUUUUAAACGACUUGAUGCUCUUCCAUAUGCGAUUAAAUCCUCUAUUGGUCGUG